UUUUUGUUUACAAUCUGAACAUUAAACCCUAGGCAUAAUUUUGCAAAGUGUUCAAUUCGUAAAUUCAAGUUUUUCAUAAUGAGUGAUCAGAGGAAGUGGCCGUUAUUAAGUAUUAUUUCACUGGGGAUCGGAAUCAGCACCAUUUUUAUAGCUGGUAGAUCGUUAGCGCAUGCAGCUUUAAAAUGGCGAUUCUUGAGGAAAGUAAAUGUAAUUCAAAACAGACUGAGGGAAAAAUUGGAAAAUCCGUUACCAGCAACAACAAUCGUUAAUCGAAUAUCAGAAUGGGAGGAAGUGUGCCCAGUGCUCUUAAGGGAUUGUUCAGAAAUUCCAAUUUUGGGGUUUGACUGUGAAUGGGUCAAUUUCAAUGGCAAUACUCAACCUAUUGCUCUAAUACAGCUGGCCUCACAUCAAGGGAUCUGUGCUCUUGUGAGGGUGUCCUGCCUAUCUACACUUCCUGAAACUCUCAAAGAUAUCCUGUCCAAUCCUAAAAUCUUGAAAGUGGGAGUUGCAACCUGGGAAGAUGCAUCUAAAUUGAAAAAAGAUUUUGGCAUUCACUUUUGUGGAGGAUUUGACGUGCGUCAUUUGAUUUUAAGACAUCCAAAUAGAGUGUCGCUGUCAGCCAAAUCUGGUCUUUCAGGCUUAUCAGAACAGCUAUUAGGCAAAGCGUUGAACAAACAUUAUUCAGUAAGAUGUAGCGAUUGGGAAGCAGAAAAUCUAUCCGAAGUGCAAGUAAAAUACGCAGCGCAAGAUGCCAUAGCUUCAGUGGCCAUUUGUUUGAAGCUAGUAGCCGAAACAAGACUGUCUGAUCUGAACUACAGAUUUUGGGUAAUAAGCAACAUGAAUGAAUUCUAUACAUCAUGGGCUGUCACAUGUGCGGUACCCGAUACAAGAUUUCGAAUGUCAUCGAACCAUAAAUUUAUGGGGACCAGUAACUCUAAAGAGAAGAAAUUUACUGCAACAAAGCCAAAUAAUUCCAGAGCCUAUGCAGCUAGAAAGACCGCUCUCUACGAUAAUUGCAUUUUACAAGCCCCAGACGGACAACAGCUUUGCACUUGUGACUACAAGAAAGCAAUGUGGUACUUUGCAAAAGGUCGGGGAGAAGUUGUAUCCGAAAAUCCGAUGACAGUGCGCUUGAAUUUUGAACCGUCUGGACGCCCAUCGUCUGAAUAUGACCGAUAUUAUUUGAUGGACAAAGUUAACAAGUGCGUUGUUUGCGGUCAGGCAGAGUCGUUUCUGAGAAAAAAUAUUGUGCCUCACGAAUACAGGAAACACUUUCCUGAGCAUUUGAAGGACCAUAAAAGUCACGAUAUUUUGCUGCUUUGCAUCGAAUGCCACACGGUUUGCAAUAGCCAUGAGAACACUGUAAAGAAUAAUUUGUCAUUAAAGUGCGACGCCCCAAUUGGCACCGAAAGAGAUGUUAAGACAAAACUCGAUAAAAGACUGAGUGGUGUUCAGAAAGCUGCAAAUGCCUUAAUUCUUAAUCGACAUGCAAUUCCAUCCGACAGGGUAGCGGUACUAGAGGAUGUCAUAAAAAAUUACUAUGAAGUAGAAAAGCUGACACCAGAGAUCAUGGAGAUGGAAAACCUCGAAGUUCAUGUGCCCAAUUCUGACUACGUUCCUCAUGGUUUAAAAGUAGUUCGCUAUUUUGAGAAGCAACCUGGUGGUUUGUUGGCCUUAGAACGUCUUUGGAGGGAACACUUUUUGCAUAAAAUGCAGCCUCGUCAUCUUCCUGCAUUAUGGUCCGUAGAACAUUACAGAAAGCCGGAAGAAAAAUGGGGCAACAAUAAAAUAAACGUGGCAGAGUCAGUUUAGUGACUCGCUUUAAUACAGCUGUAUUUUGAUCGAA